AUGGGCGGCGGCGACGGGGCCGCAUUUAAGCGGCCGGGGGACGGCGCCCGCCUCCAGCGCGUCCUCGGGCUUGGCUCCCGCCGGGCGCCCCGCUCUCUGCCCGCCGGGGGCCCCGCGCCGCGCCGCACCGCGCCGCCCCCGCCGGGCCAUGCGAGCGCGGGCCCCGCCGCGAUGAGCUCGCACAUCGCCAAAAGCGAGUCCAAGACGUCGCUGCUGAAGGCGGCGAGCGGGGGCAGCCGGGUUCCCCGCCACGGCCCUGCCCGGGAGCCAGGGCUGCCUGGCCGCCGGCUGCCCGGUACCGGCCCGGGCACGCCGCCGCCGUCCGGGGACCCCAGUUCGCGGAGGCCCCUGUGCCGGCCCGCACCGCGAGAGGAGGGCGCGCGGGGGAGCAGGCGCGGGCUCCCCCAGGCGCACUGCAGGCCCCGGGAGGCGCUGCCGGCCGCGGCGUCCCGACCUUCGCCGCCGUCGCCGCUGCCGCCGGCCCGCGGGCGGGAUGGGGAGGAACGGGGGCUGUCCCCGGCGCUUGGCCUCCGGGGCUCGCUGCGAGCCCCGGGUCGCGGGGACUCCGCUCCAGCCGCCGCGUCCGAGGCAGACCCGUUCCUCCACCAGCUGCGCCCCAUGCUCAGCUCCGCCUUCGGCCAGGACAGAUCUCUGCGGCCAGAGGAAAUUGAAGAGCUCCGAGAGGCCUUCCGAGAAUUUGACAAGGAUAAGGACGGCUACAUCAACUGUCGGGACCUGGGCAACUGCAUGCGGACCAUGGGCUACAUGCCCACUGAGAUGGAGCUCAUUGAGCUGUCCCAGCAGAUCAACAUGAACCUGGGUGGCCAUGUGGAUUUUGAUGACUUCGUAGAACUAAUGGGACCUAAACUUCUGGCAGAAACAGCAGAUAUGAUUGGAGUGAAGGAACUGCGAGAUGCUUUCCGAGAGUUUGAUACCAAUGGUGAUGGGGAGAUAAGCACCAGUGAGUUGCGAGAGGCCAUGAGGAAACUCCUGGGUCAUCAGGUGGGACACCGAGACAUAGAGGAAAUUAUCCGAGAUGUGGACCUCAAUGGGGAUGGACGAGUAGACUUUGAAGAGUUUGUCCGGAUGAUGUCCCGCUGAGGCCGCAAGGGCCCCUCCAGGACUGCCAAGCUCCCCAGUGGGAGAAGAGGAGCCGGAGCGCACCUCACCCCACUGCAGCCGCUGAGAGCCCAGGAUGGACUGGCGGACGGGGCCUGCCUGCACCCCGGGGAGGUGCCCACCCCGGACCCCCACCCCUCCGCACUGUGAAAGACUCACAACUCCUGCAACUGGAAAGGGGGGGCGCCCGCCGAGGAGGCCACUGUGCCAAGCCGGCAGAGGUGACGCCGGGUGCCAAGUGCCAUGGACCCAGCCGCUGCUGGCGGGGCGGGCCAGGGAGCCUGCCAGCAGCCCCCACACAGCAUGUCUGCCCCGGAGCAAAGCCUCUCGCCGCCGCCCUUCGCUCUGUGCCCGUCCCAGCUCGCCACAGCCCUGUUCUCUCAGAACCAAUAAAAGUAUUUCCAAGGCAAGGGC